CCUUGGGCCCAACUAUUUACUGUCAUCGCAAAGGGCUUCAUCAAAGAGUUUCCUCGGGAGCCGUUCGCACUGUGGAAAGACAUUGAACCGGAAUUCAAGGAUCUGGUCGGGAAUAUGACGAAUAUUGAUUCAAAGAGGCAGAUCACAGCUCGUAAAGCUUUGUCGCAUCAAUGGUUUGCAGACAUAUUAUGA